AUGGCAGCUAAUUGGAACAAAGAUGUUCAAAAUAUUUUGGCUUCAUUUCAUAUUGAUGAUUUUCGUUUACAAAGAAUUUCAGAUGAUAUUCAAAAAGAAUUUGAUUUAGGUCUCAAAUAUGGAUCUGAGAAAAGUUCAAUUGCAAUGUUACCAUCUUAUGUUCCUGCUUUACCUGAUGGAUCUGAGGUAGGAGAGUAUGUCGCAAUUGAUCUCAGCGGUAAAAAUUUGAGAAUCAUGCUUUUAACUUUAUCUGGACAUAAAGCAGAUCCUGUUGCAGUUAGUUGUAAUUUUAUGGUGUCUCAAAAUGUAAUGAAAGGAACAGGAGAUCAAUUAUUCAAUUUUAUCGUAAAUUGCCUUCAAAAAUUUUUAAGAGAAUUUAAUCUUGAAAGUACAAGUCUUCCAAUUGGUUUUGUUUUCUCAUACCCAUGUGAAUUGUUAUCAAUUCGUUCAGCAAGAUUAUUAUGGUGGACUAAAGGUUUUGACAUCAAAGAUUGUCUUCAAAAAGAUGUUGUUCAAUUACUUGAAGAGGCACUUGAAUUAAAUUUAGAAACUCAAGGUCGUAUAAAAGCUGUCAUGAAUGAUACUGUUGGACAGUUAGCUGCUGCUGCACAUAAAUAUGGUCCUGAGUGUAUUCUUGGUGUUGUAAUUGGUUAUGGUUGUAAUUCAUCUUAUUUAGAAGAUGUUAAAAAAAUUGAAAAAUUUGAUGCAAAAAGUGCUAAUUAUGUUCAUGAUAAAAUGGUUAUUGUUACAGAAUGGGAAGAAUUUGGGGCAAAAGGAGAAUUAGAUGAUAUUCUUACUCAAUUUGAUCGUGAUAUUGAUAAUAAUUCUGUUCAUCAAGGAAAACAAAUAAUUGAUAAACUUACUGGAGCUUUGUAUUUAGGAGAACUUGUUCGUAUGGUUUUGUCUCAAUUAAAUCUUGAUAGAUUACUUUUUAAUGGGAUGCCAGUAGAAAAAUUAGAUAUGCCAGAAUCUUUUCCUACAAAAUAUAUUUCUGAAAUUUUAGGAGAACCAGAAGGUGUCUAUAAACAUUGUAGAAGAAUCUGUGAAGAAUUAGAAGUAUCAACUCAUGGUACAUCUGAUUAUGCUAUUAUACGUGAAGUAUGUCAUGUUGUCUCAGCUAGAUCAGCAGCAAUUGUUGCAGCAGCUAUCAAUGCAUUGUUACGUCAUCUUGAUGUAAAAAAUAUUAAGAUUGGUGUUGGUGGUGCUCUUAUACAAUUUCAUCCCACAUAUGACAAGUUAUUAGAAAAAAAGCUUCGUGAUCUUGUUGAUCCAUCAGUUAACUGGCAAUUAGUUCCUGCUGAAGAAGGUUCUGCUAGAGGAGCUGCUUUAAUUGCUGCAGUAACUGAAAAACUUAAGUUGUAA